AUGUUGGAAGAUGUCUAUUGGCCGAUGGUCCUCAAAGGGUCAUCACCAAUUUGGUUGGCACAAUGGAAAGAGGUAAAAAUAACGAAGCAGGUCAUGGAUUUGAGAACAGAGAAUGAUGCAGAGAAAAAAAGGGGAAGAAGUAGAAUGGAGUCAUACGCUCAUAAAUCCAUC